CACGGAACAACAAGGAUACUGGGGGAUACAUAGAGCACGAAGUCCAGGCCCGACACUGCAUAGCCGCGCUGUAAGGCGACGAGAGGCAAGACUGAGGCCUGCCAUGCAUCGCCCCCAUUCGCUCGUGCCAAGACUGAUAUGGUGGAUGGACUUGGGCAUCGGAGGAAUCGGUCAAGGGCCUCUCUCGGGAAUUGCACAAGAUGGAUGAGGCUCUCAGCUUGUGGGAAGGGUGGAGCUGCAUUUGACGUGAUCAGGAGGGUGGUGCUGGGCCGGCUCGAUGACGAUGUCGCAGGACAAUGGCAGGACGCAGCAAAGAUAAAUAGCAGCCGUCUCGUCCGCAUCUUGCCCAAAUCAUCCACCAUCCUUUGCUCAAACGGCAUCAUCGAACUCAGACCCCAGUCCACUAAGACCGCACCACAGCACCAUGGCUCACCUUCAAUUGCACAGAGCCGAAACCUGGCACUCCGGGGUCGAGCUUAGAGAGCAGCCCAUGUCUUCGAUCGAAGAUCAAGCCCCCGCGGCUCCGGACCUUGAGGCUGGUGAAAGUCAGCAACGGGACCCAAAGGGAGGGUUCAUGAGCAUGUGUGCCAGGGGACGGCAUGAUACAUCCCAGCUGGUCACACGGCGCUUCACUGAAGCAACCACGUUUUGCAUAUCCAAGGGAAUGAGCCGUAUCCAUCGGAUUUGGGAGGAGUGCCAAGAGGCCGACGAGCUCGGAAGCGAUGAUGACGAGAUGUUCCUUAACUUGAGGAAGGAGAUCAGUGACCACAAUCAGUUUACGCUCCAAAUCAAGGAAAUGCAGGCACUUGACCAACCGAGCGGUAAAUUCGUCGAAAACUAUAUCAUAGGCGUACGUGGGGACCUCAAUGACGACGACGCAAAGUAUACAAACGGACCGAGCUGGGACUGGGCGCUGAUAAUGAACAUGGACAAGCUGGAUCAGCUGGUACGGGACAUACCACAAUACCCCUGGGGGAGGAUCAUACUUGUGUGGUUCUUGGCAAAGAAAGAUGAGAAAGGAGAGAUCGAGCACUUGUACUACCCCCUGAAGGUAAUCCGGGUUGUGCUUGCCGGCGUGUUCAACACUCUUGUUGCAAGCCUUGUCGGAACACCCGUUGCCCUGCAAAUGUUGAGCAUCACCUCCAAGAGUGGCCAGGUGAUCAUUUACCUCGUCUUUCUGCUUGCAUUCGGGUUUCUGGUCCAAGGCCUUGCCCAGGGCACGAAUGCCCAACUGUUCCUGACUCUCGCAUAUGCUGGCGUGCUCGCCGCUACGAUGAAAGGGACGUAGUGGACUGUGGUGGACUUGCCGUGCAGACGUGCGGCGUAGCGUUGGAGGUGCAGUGGGAGACUGGGCGACGGAACUGGGCGAUGGAACAGGGCAGCGUUGGAGUUGUUGAUGGAGCGUAUUGAGCUGUAGCAGA